CUCGUGCCGGUCGGACGUACGUCGCGCGUCUUCCCUGUUGUGCUUUGAAAGCUACCCAUACACAGACUCACUGGAGGUGUGUGUGCGUGUGUGUGCGGGGUGGUAAGGUGAUGUGAGGUGCCAAAGAUCACCGUCUUCCAGCAUCCUCACGGCGGCAGGUGCGGAAUUGUGCAAGUGUUUAAAGGUUUAAAAGUUGAAGAAAUUUGACCGUGAAUCGAAUCGCUGACGUUAAAGUGUCGCGCGAACGGUGGCGAUUGCGAGUGGGCCAGGGUUCGAACCCCGUCGUCGACGGACACCUUCCGAGAUUUUUUUUGUGUGUUCCGUCUGCUUCUCCUCUUUCGUUGAUGUGAGCCGCAGCAUCUCACGAAUAUCGACGAAACGAGACGGGUUUCGCGUGUGUGUCUCAUAAGGUGCUGUAAUUGAGGAAAAUUCAACACACAUAGAAAAAAAAGGGAAGAGAUUUUUUUUCGUUUUCUGUUUUGGCUUGUGUUUCGGCAUUUUGGUCAAUUUUGAAGAAUCGAGAAGAAGCGAUUCUCGCAGCAUCCAAACAGAAAAGUUGGUGCGAUAGUGUUGGUGAAUUGAAUUUGUUGUCGUCGAAAGAAGAAGCCGUGGUUGUGUAAUUGCACUGCAAGCGAGGAAAAUCGAAGAAAAAUCGCAUCCUUUAAACUGAACAAAUUGAAAAUUUAAAAAGCAAGCUGCAUAUGAAGUGAGGAUUUGAAAUAAGUUUUGAAGUUCCAGGUGGUUCACGCCGAGAAAAUACUGUUGGCUCUACGGUGAGGCAACCCGAGCAGAAGCGGAGCGCGGCUUCAACUUGAUUCAAGAAGAAACGAAGCGAAAAGAGUAAAUAAAGUAAAGUGUAUAGAGGAGAAGAGAUAAGUGUAUUGGUGCGGUUGAGGUUGAAUGAAGGGAAGAAGUGUUGUGGCCAGGUUCUCGAAUGUGUGCAGAAAAAUGACGAUGUCCGGAAUCUGGUUCUCGUUGGCCGUCGAGCAGCGCGAAGAAGACGCGUGGUUCCCGUAGAAGAAGCAGAUUAAAAGUGAACGCGCGUAGAAAAAGAACCUGCUAGAAGAAGGAGGUUGAAGAAGUUCAGUGUUGGUGUUUGUUUUGUGUGCAAAAAAUAAAAAGAGAAUCAAAGCCAGUUUCAGUGUGCGUGAAUGUGAAUGAGAGACAAAGAGGAGGCAAGAUCGUGAAGAAUCCAGCAAGUGUUGGCAACCGAUGAAUGCCAAUAAAGGUAGAUUGAAGAAGUUGAAGGCCGGAGGAUCCUGCGGCCGAAGGUCGCCAACAAUGGCCACGAUGCGGCUACUGUUGGGACUGUCGAUCUGCUUCGUAUUGUUCCUAGCUGUUGCGGUUCCGCAGCCAACGACCGCCGCAACUGCGCAGGUUGCCGGUAUUGGUGAAGUCGGUGGUAAUUACGAAGAAGUCGAGAAUCAAAACAACAACCUCCGCGCCGACGGCGAGAUAAGGCCUGACCGGGUGAGGCGCAGUCCCACCACGACGGACAGCUCGCCGAUCCGGUCGUCAACCAGCGCCGCGGUGGACUCUUCUACGGCGUACGAUGCCGAUUUUCUAGCGACCUGCCCUCGGUCACACUUUACCUGCGGAGAUGGAAAGUGUAUCCCGCAGCACUGGAAGUGCGACACGUACAGCGACUGUGCCGACGGGUCGGACGAGAUCGAUUGUGAUAAAACCCACAAGUGCAAGGACGAGCAGUUCCAGUGCAAGCUGACGAACAAGUGCAUCCCGCGGGGCUGGACCUGCGACGGCGAUGCGGACUGCGGCGUGGUCGAGAAGUUUCGCACGAUCGACGUGUCGGACGAGGACGCCGAGCUAUGCCGCAGCUCGAGGCACUGCCUGCCCACGCAAACGGUGUGCAGCAACGGCAAGUGCCUGGACAUCGAUCGGUUCUGCGACGGCGUUUGGGACUGCUCGAACGACGAGCUGCGCUGUCCGAAGAACACCACGACGGUGGCCGAGUGUGACGCGUUGAAGUGUUCGUACGACUGUAGGCAGACGCCGAACGGGCCGCGGUGUUUUUGUGCCAAGGGAAGUCAACCCAAUGGGAGCAUUUGUGAGGACUUUGACGAGUGCCAGAUCGACGGGAUGUGCGAUCAGAUCUGCAAGAAUCUGCCCGGGACGUACAAGUGUACGUGUGCGACGGGGUAUGCCCGGAUUGGGAACCAGUGCCGGGCGGUGAAUACUCCCAAGGAAGAGCCGGCGUCGCUGCUCUUCGCAACUUCGACUGAAAUACGUAAGUUUCCUGUGAUCAACGGCAGUGCCGUCCCGGAUGGGCAUCCAAACUCGUCCACCAUUGCGCUUCCUCUGCACAACGUACUAGCGCUGGAGAUGUACCACCGCAAUCGUACCUUUUGUGCCGUUCGCCUCGAUGUGGACGCCUUGUUCGAGUGUUUCAGCGUAGACAAUGUAACGCACACUUGGCAGAUGCCUCUGCCAGACUUGUUUCCAAACAUCAACUCCAUCGACCACAUCAGCAUCGACUGGAUCUCCGGCAAUUGGUACUAUCUGGACGAUCAGCGGGAGAUCAUCUUCGUUUGUUCCGGGCAAAUGCGGCACUGUACGAUCAUCCUGGAGAAUGAUCUCAUGAAACCCCGGGGGAUGGCACUGGACCCUACCAAGGGCUUUCUCUUCUUCACCAAAUGGGGCAACUCGCUGGCGAGUGUCGAACGAUCGUUUCUCGACGGUUCCAACCGGACCUCGAUCGUUCUGAAGAAGAUCGUGUACCCCCACGGGGUGGCGCUCGACCUUGCCAUGCAGCACGUCUACUGGGUCGACACGUACCUGGACUCGAUCGAACGGGUCAACUACGACGGAUCGAACCGGUGGUUUCUGAAAAAGUCCGCCAACUUUAUGAUCAACCUGCAGUCCCUCCACACCGUCAACGUGUUCGAAACCAACAUCUUCCUAGCGUCCUGGAAGAACCGCUCGAUCGUAGCGAUCGACAAAUUCACCGCCGAAGCGCGCCUGGUCGCGACGAACGUAUCGCGAGCCUACCACCUCCACGUCUUCCACCGGCAGAAGCAGCCCGAAGUGGCUCAUCCCUGUCGGAACCAAAACGGAGGUUGCGAUCACCUGUGCAUUACCGCCUGGAAGAAGACGGUCGCCAUCGGGCAGUGCCUGUGCUCGCCCGGCUAUCGACUGAAGACCAAAAAUCAGUGCGUGCUGAUAAAGCGACCGACGUUUCUGAUCUACGCUAAGUCGAAUCCUGGAAUGAUUCGGGGGAUCCCGCUGGGCAUCAAGGCACAGGAAGCGAUUGUACCGGUGACGAAUCUGGGACGGGACAUAACCUUUGACUAUCACAUCGAGGAUCAGCUGAUCUACUUUGCUCAUCAUGACAAAACACAAUCCAAGUUCUCGAUCGAGAUGCAAAAACUGGACGGCACGGGGCGGGCCAAGAUCUGGGAGGCCGCAGGUUCGUGCGAUGGGCUCGCGUACGACUGGGUCGGCCACAACCUGUUCUACACCAACUCCGCACGGGGUCACAUCGUGGUGCUCAAGCUGGACGGGAACGCGUCCGCGCACGUCGUAAUGCGUGACCUGGCGCGUCCCGAGUCGAUCGUGCUGGAUCCGAAGAAGGGCCUCAUGUACUGGUCCACGUGGGGACCGGACGGCCGGAUCGAGUGGGCCUGGAUGAACGGAACGGAGCGGGCUACGCUGGUGCAGGGGGUUGAUGGGUCACCCAUGAUCUGGCCCAGUGGGUUGGUGAUUGAUCAGGUGCAGAAGCGGCUGUACUGGUGUGACUCGAGGACGGGGAGGAUCGAGAGCGUGUCGUUGGAGGGUCACGAUCGGACGCUACUGUACGAUGGGGGUUCGCGGAAUCACUUUCCUAUCGCGAUCGGGGUUUAUAAGGAGCAGAUAUUCUUCUCAGACAAUGUUAAGGGGAACAUUGAGCGGUUGAACUUAAGCAAUCCGGAUUCGGUUGAUACGGUAGCGAUCGAGAAGCCGCAGAUCUUUGGAAUCAAAAUCUUUGACAAUCUUACGCAGUACAAUGCGAACCACAAGGUGCUCUGCGAUGGCAAGUGUCCGGAUAUCUGUAUCAAUACACCAGUGGGACCGUUUUGCGCCUGCGGGGAACCGCUGGUGAUGAAUGGCAACGGGACGAAUUGUGUCGCGGUGGACAGCGCAGCGCCGGCAACCUGUUACGAUGGUACGAACUUUAUGUGCAAGAAUGGAGUCCAUUGCAUCCAGCAGAAGUACACCUGCGAUGGUGAUCGAGACUGCGACGAUGGUAGUGACGAGGAACCGGCUCCGGACGGACCGUGCAAUGCGCAUUGCGACCUGGAGCACUUCUUCAAGUGCGAUGAUCAGCGGUGUAUCAAUAGAUCGCUGGUCUGCGACGGAACGGUCAACUGCAUCGACGAGUCGGACGAGGACUUCACCAACUGUCCGAACCAAACGUGCAUCGACAACUUCUUCCAGUGCAACACCAGUCGGCGGUGCAUCCCGAAGAGCUGGGUGUGCGAUCGUCACCCGGACUGCGGUCCGAACGAUCACUCCGACGAGCCGGAGAACUGCCACAAGUGCGAGGAGUUUGAGUGCAAGAACGGCGUCUGCGCCAAGUUCGAGGAGCUAUGCGACGGAACCAACAACUGCGGCGAUAACUCGGACGAAGCGCAGUGCGACGUGGAGUGCCGACCGAGCGAGUUCUACUGCAGUCCGUACGGGUGCAUCGACCGAUCGCAGAUGUGCGACCCCAAGCUGAACUGCCUGAACGCGUUCAGUGAUUGUGAACAGCAGCAGCGCAACGCAAGCGCCAACGGUACCACGGUAAGUCCAUCCGUCAAGACGGAGGAGGAGAUGCGUGGCCAGUGCAGGUUUGACAUUAACCUGGUGUGCGAUACCGACAAGGAGUGCAUCAAAGCGUACCAGAAGGUUUGUCAGAACAUAACCUUUCCGUCGUUUAACGAAACGACCGUGUGCCAACACCCGGACCGGAUCUGUCGAGUGACCAACACCUGCAUCAAGGUAGAACAGCUUUGCGACGGACGGCCCGACUGUCCGGACAACACCGACGAAGGUUUCCACUGCAAGGACAAUCUCUGCAAGAACGUUAAAGAGUGUUCCCACACGUGUCACAACGCUCCGGAGGGGUUCGUAUGCUCGUGUCCGGAGCAUCUAUUCCUACAGCCCAACGGGAAGGAAUGUCGGGUUGAUCACGCUUGCACUCACUGGGGCACGUGCUCGCAGGUUUGCACUCCGGACGAGAAGCACUACAAGUGCAGCUGCCUGGAAGGGUACACGAUGACGUUCGACAAGUUUACCUGCAAGAGCAACAACGUUGACGCGCCGCACGUGAUCUUCAGCAAUCGGCAGGAGAUUCGAGGGGUGGAUCUGAACACGCUGGCCGUGAAGAACUUUUACACCUCGCUGAGAAACACGAUCGCGUUGGAUUUCCUCUGGAAGAACGACUCCGUGCAGAUCUUUUGGACGGACGUGAUCGACGAUAAAAUCUUCCGUGGGACACUGAUUGGCGAUUCGUUGAGCAAUGUGGAAGCCGUUGUGCAGUCUGGACUGUCCACCGCGGAAGGUCUAGCCGUUGACUGGAUCGGGAUGAACCUAUACUGGAUCGACAGCAAUCUGGAUCAGAUUGAAGUCGCAAAGACUAACGGAAGCUACCGACGAACGUUGGUAGCUGGAGACAUGGUCAACCCACGAGCGAUCGCGCUGGAUCCUAUGGAAGGUUUGCUCUUUUGGACGGACUGGGAAGAGGGAGCUCCCCGGAUCGAACGUUGCUCCAUGGCUGGUGAAGCCCGCGUUACGAUCAAAAUGGUUGGACCGGAAGGUGGUUGGCCAAACGGAAUUACCCUCGACUACGUCCUAAAACGUGUUUACUGGAUAGACGCACGAUCCGACUCGAUCCACACGACCGACUACGACGGCAACGAUCACCAUCUGGUCAUCAAAGACCAGGAAGUUCUGUCACACCCGUUCAGCAUCACCCUGUUCGACAACUACGUCUACUGGACGGACUGGCGUACCAAUUCCGUCAUCCGAGCCAACAAGUGGAACGGCUCGGACGUUACCGUUAUCCAGCGAACCCAAUCGCAACCGUUCGGCAUCCAGAUCCUGCACUCCAGCCGACAACCGAACAACCGAUCGCACAACCCCUGCUCCGACAACAACGGUGGCUGUUCGCACCUCUGUCUCCUUAGCGUCAACCAAACGUACCAAUGUGCCUGCCCGCACGUGAUGCGGCUCGACACCGACAAGAAACGCUGCGUCCCCAACGAGCAGAUCCUGCUGUUUGUAAUGUCCACCGAGAUCCGCGGCGUAGAUCUGCAGCAGCCGAACCACUACACCAUUCCCACGAUCAGCCACCAGACGCAGGUGGUUCAGCCCGCCGUGCUGGACUACGACAUCGCGGAGGCCCGGCUCUACUGGAACGAUGUCCUGCUGAAGGAGAUCAAAAGUUCGGAGCUGGCAACGGGUCCCAUCGAAACGAUCCUCGAUACGGACAUUUCGAACUCGAUGGGAUUCGCCGUGGAUUGGAUCUCGCGGCUGUUGUACGUGUCGACCGGGACGGAGACCAGCAGUCGGAUACUGGCCUGUAACAUGAAGGGGGAGUUUCUGACGGAGAUUUUGAGUGGGCUGAAGGCGGUGUACAGCUUGGUGGUGCAUCCUUCAAAGGGCAUGCUGUACUUUGCGACGAUCCACGAGUCGCCCAACCUGUACGAGCUGUACUCCGCCCGGAUGGACGGCUCGGAGAAGCAGCUGAUCAGCAACUCCACCUUCAACGCGAUGGAGAGCCUUGUGCUGGACUUUGAAACCGACCGCCUGUACUACAUUCUGUCCAAGCUCGGUGAAAUCUACUACUACGACAUCGCGACCGGAAAGAUCAUCAAGGUGCUGGAGUCGCAGUCGAAGCCAAUCCACACGAUCACGAUCUACCGGGAGCACGUGUACUUUGAUGACAGUGUCGAAAGUCGGAUCGUGCGCUGCGACAAGAAUGUUUGCCAGAGCCCGGAGGUCGUCCGGAACAAUACCGGGGGAGUCAGUGCCAUUCGGAUGUACCAUCCGGGGGCGCAGAACGGGACGAAUCCGUGUCGGUUGAACAACGGCGGGGGUUGCCAGCAUCUGUGCAUUCCGCUGUCCGGGCAGUCAUACGUGUGUAGGUGCGCGAUGGGUUACCGGAAGGAUGCGAAGAACGCGUCCAAGUGUGUCGCGAUCGAUAACUUUUUGAUGUACUCGAUUGGGUAUCAGUUGAAGGGAUUGCCAGUUGGGGAAGCUAGCGAUCAGCACGAAGCGGUUAUGGGACCGUUGCAAAAGAUUUCGAUGGCGACAAGCAUCGACUACCACGCGAAGAGUGACUUUGUGUUCAUAGCGGACAGUGAUCGGGGAUCGAUUACGAAGAUCAAGCGGGACGGCAGUGAACGGUCGGUUAUUGUGAGCAAUUUCGAGCAGGUCGUGGAUGGUAACUCGAUCGACUGGUUGGGAGAGAUCGCGGUGGACUGGGUGGCGGACAAUAUCUACUGGACCGAUCAGAAGCGAAACUUGAUCGAGGUUGCGAGGUUGAACGGAAGCUUGCGAUAUGUUGUGGCUUCGAACUUGGAGAGUCCCCAGCUGAUUGCGGUUGAUCCGGUAAGUGGAUUCAUCUUCUACUCGGGCAGGGGAAAGAUUGGACGCACUGGGCUGGAUGGAACGGGGAAGUUCAUUCUGGUCAAUCAAACCUCCGCGAUCAGUGAUAUUACGCUGGAUAUUGAGAAUCAAGUGGUGUACUGGUGUGAAGUCCAGACGGAUACUAUUUGGAGGGUAGAUUACGAUGGAAAUAUGAAAACGAUUCUGCUGAACAACACGCUUGACAACGUCAAGGCCCUUGAUCUUUACGAGGACAACAUAUUCUGGUCAGACGUUCACGGUAACAUAAAAGCGGCCAAUGUAAGAAAUAUUACCAACUACUGGCCGGUGGUUGAUUCCGAUGGAGCAUCGGUUAAGGACAUCAAAAUAUUCUCAUCUCAAAAACAGCAAAAGACAAACGCUUGUGGUAUUAACAACGGUGGCUGUCAGGAACUCUGCCUGUUCAACGGAACGCACCCAAUCUGUGCCUGUUCGCAUGGAAAGAUCUCGCAAGACGAUUUCAAGAGUUGUGAGUCGUACGACAGCUUCCUGCUGUACUCCAAGGUGGCCGCCAUCGAAAGUAUCCACAUAACCGACCCAAACAAUAUCAACGGACCAAUACCGGAGAUUCAAAACUCGACCUUCCUCAAAAACACGAUCGCCCUGACGUACGAUCACGACCAACAGCUGAUUUACUACUCGGAUGUCGAGUACAGUUCAAUCAAUUCUGUGUUCUACAACGGCUCAAAUCACCGUAAAAUCGUCGCCAAACAACUCACCGUGGAAGGUCUGGCGUUCAACCCAAUCACCAAACAGCUCUUCUGGACAUCCAACAACGAAGCCGCGAUCCGCUCGCUAGAACUAGCAAACAUCACAGCCGACGCCAAAGCAAACGCCGACUUGGUCCGAGAACUGAUCAAGCUGAAGCCAACCGACAAACCACGCGGAAUCGCCGUCGAACCCUGUCUAGCGAUGAUCUACUGGACCAACUGGAACCCACAGGCAGCGUCGAUUCAGCGAGCGUAUCCCUCAGGCUACGGCCUCGAAAGCAUUAUCACCACGGACAUCCGCAUGCCGAACGCCAUCACGCUUGACUACCAGGCGAAGAAGCUGUACUGGGCUGACGCCCGAUACGACAAGAUCGAGCGAGCGGAUUAUGAUGGUAAGAAUCGAGUCGUGUUGGCGCACUCGACGCCCAAACAUCCGUUUGCGAUGGCUGUGUACGGGGAUUUGUUGUUCUGGACGGAUUGGAUCUUGCACGCGGUUAUCCGGGCGAACAAGUACUCCGGGAGUGACGUGGUUUGGCUGCGGAAGGACAUUGCUAGACCGAUGGGGAUCGUGGCUGUGCAGCACAUCGAUAAGGAUUGUAGCGCUGAUCCGUGCAAGAUUUUGAACGGCGGAUGUGAGGACACCUGCUUGGGUGUUGACGGGAAGGGGAAGAUUCUGUGCGGUUGUACGCAGGGAGUGCUCGCGAAGGAUGGUUAUCGGUGUGUGCCGAAACUGUCUUCCAACUGCUCUUCGGAGGAGUUUAGCUGCUCGAUUGGUGGAUGUAUUCCGUUCUACUUAACUUGUGACGGUAUUCCGCAUUGUUUAGACGGAUCGGAUGAGUUGCAGAGCUACUGUGCUCAACGCACCUGUUCGGUGGGAUACUUCCAGUGUAACAACCACCGGUGUAUUCCGGAGACUCAGGUGUGUGACAGUGCGCAAAAUUGUGGCGAUGGAAGUGACGAGGAGAACUGCAAGUGUAAUGCCGCUACGCAGUUCCAGUGCAAGUCCGGACAGUGUAUCUCCAAGUCUCACCGCUGUGACAACGAUCCGGAUUGUCCGGACUUGUCUGACGAGCUGGGAUGUCCAAGGACGCGAAACUGUAGUGCAGAGUUGCUGCACUGUCCGUACACUACGGCGUGUUACAUGCCGUCGUGGGCUUGCGAUGGGGAGAACGACUGCUGGGACAAUUCUGACGAGAUGAACUGCACAACGUCGGUGGUUCCGACCUGUCCGACGGACAAGUUCUUGUGCGCGAAUGGGCACUGCAUUCCGAUGAACUGGCGGUGUGACAGCGAGGAUGAUUGUUUGGACGGGACGAUAACGAGCUUGAGUUCGGAUGAGAUCAACUGUACGCGGCACUGCAAGCCGAACCAGUUCCAGUGUUUGAACAGCACGGAGUGUAUUCCGAACAGCUGGCAGUGUGACAACAAUCCGGACUGCGCGGACGGAUCCGACGAAGGAGAGCACUGCCAGCAGCGGGUUUGUCCGGAGUGGGAGUUCCACUGUCCGACGAGUGGUCGCUGUAUCACGAUGAAGUGGCGCUGUGACGGGGAGGUGGACUGCACUGACGAUCAGGAGGACGAGAAGAACUGUGAUUCGAUGGAACAGAGCUGUGAUCCGGACUCGUUUACGUGCGAAAACGGGGACAGUGUGAGUCGACAAUUCUACUGUGAUGGGGACGCCGACUGUGUGGACGGUUCCGACGAACCGAUUGAUUGCGUUCCGGAGGUGGGUGUGGUGGUGUCGUGCAAGGUAGACGAGUUCCAGUGCAAGAACAAAAAGUGCAUCGCGAAGAAUCUCACGUGCAACGUGAACAACGACUGCGAGGAUGGUUCGGACGAGGACAUUCAGCUGUGCAAGAACACGACGUUGAUCUGCGCCGGGCCGGAACUGUUCCGGUGCGAGAGUGGAGUUUGCAUCGUGCGGGGAUUGUUGUGUGACGGGUCGAACGACUGUGGUGACUGGAGUGACGAGAAGUCAUGCAAGAUCAACGAGUGCGAAGAGAUGCCGAAUUUGUGUGCGCACAACUGUGAGGAUCGAGAGGUUGGGUAUGAUUGUACCUGUCGGCCAGGUUUCAAGGUCAACAUCAACGACAAGCACCGCUGUGACGACGUUGACGAGUGUCUCGACCGACCGUGCAGUCAGAUGUGUACAAACGUGUACGGGUCGUAUCACUGCUCGUGCCAGGAGGGUUACACCAUGAAGGCGAACGGAUCGUGCAAGGCGGACUCGCUGGAGCACCCCAAGCUGAUCUUCUCCAAUCGGUACUACGUGAGGGAAGUUGACAUGAACGGCUCGAUGAACAUCCUGGCGCACAAUCUGUCCAACGCCGUCGCGCUGGACUUUGACUGGGAAACCAAGUGUUACUACUGGUCGGAUGUGACCUCGGUGAUCAGCUCGAUCAAGCGCAUGUGCUUGAGCUCGAACAAGACGGAAGUUUUGCACAAAUCUACGCUGAAGAAUCCUGACGGGUUGGCGAUCGAUUGGGUGGCGCGUAAUCUGUACUGGUGCGACAAGGGUCUGGACACGAUCGAAAUCUCUAAAUUGGACGGGAGGUAUAGAAAGGUGCUGAUCAACCAAAAUCUGCAGGAACCACGCGCGAUCGUGCUGAAUCCGUAUAGGAAAAACAUGUACUGGACGGAUUGGGGUGAUCAGCCGCACAUCGGUAAGGCCGGCAUGGACGGGUCGAACCAGACGAUGCUGGUCUCGCAGCAGCUGGGAUGGCCGAACGCGUUGACGAUCAACUUCGAGACGAACGAACUGUUUUGGGGAGAUGCUCGGGAGGACUACAUUGCUGUUAGUGAUUUGGAGGGUAACAAUAGGAAGGUGAUCAUCUACCGGGACAUGCAUCCGGCGAUGAACCUGCAUCACAUCUUUGCCGUUGCCGUGUGGGAGGAUCGCAUCUACUGGACGGAUUGGGAGACCAAGUCGAUCGAGUACUGUCACAAGUACCGUGGCGAUCAGUGUGGAACGCUGAUCAAGAUGAUUCAUAGACCGAUGGAUUUGAGGGUUUAUCAUCCGUUUAGACAACGGAAGCCCGUGGAAGAUCCAUGCUUGCUAGCGGGUUGCUCGACGUUGUGUUUGCUGUCUCCGGAAGCACCUGGUUACCGCUGUGCCUGUCCGGAUCACUUCCUGCUGGGACCAGACAACAAGACCUGUAUCGCCAACUGCUCUUCGGCGCACUUCCUGUGCAAGACCACGUUCAAGUGUAUUCCGUACUACUGGAAGUGUGACAAGCAGGACGAUUGUGGAGACAACAGUGACGAGCCGGACAACUGUCCGGAGUUUACGUGCGAGUCCGGUCAGUUCCAGUGCGACAACAACAAGUGCAUCAGCCCGAGCUUGAUCUGCGACGGGAAGGAUCAGUGCGGGGACGGAUCGGACGAGAAGGGUUGCGACGAUUACGAGUGCUUCAGCUCGCAGUUCAAGUGCAGCAAGACGCAGUUCAACAACUCAUUCUGCUUGGAGGGCGUGAAGCGGUGCGAUGGCCACGCGGACUGUCCGAACAAGGACGAUGAGGUGGGUUGCGACAAGACGGUUUGUGCGGAUCAUCAGUUUAUGUGUGGGUCGGGCAAGUGCAUCACCAAGGUUUGGGCGUGCGACGGGGACAUUGACUGCGUGGACGGGUCGGAUGAGCGGGAUUGUGGGAAUCGGACGUGCUCGGAGAGCGAGUUCAGGUGUAACAAGGGACGCUGCAUUCCGAUGUCGUGGCGAUGUGACGGGGAGGAUGAUUGUUCCGAGGGGGAGGACGAAAAGGAGAGCUGUAAUCCGCCGGAGGCGACAACGUGCGAGGCGUCCUACUUCCGGUGUAAUAAUUCAAAGUGCAUUCCUGGGCGGUGGAGGUGCGAUUACGAGAAUGAUUGUGGAGACAACAGCGAUGAGUUAAACUGUCAGAUGCGAAACUGUUCGGAGUCUGAGUUCCGGUGUGAUGAUGGGCAUUGCAUACGGGGGAUCCGGAAGUGCGAUGGGGAAUUUAACUGUGCGGAUCAUAGUGAUGAAGCGGACUGCGACGUGAGCUGCCAGCCGGAUGAGUUCAAGUGCAAGGGACACAACCUGUGCAUAAGCAACAACUUCAAGUGCGAUGGGGAUAACGAUUGCAUUGAUGGGUCGGACGAGGAGGACUGCGAUUGUCACGAUGACGAAUACCGGUGUGAUAAUGGCAAGUGCAUUCUGAGGAACUGGCUUUGCGAUGGAAUCGACGAUUGUUUGGACCGGUCGGACGAGAAGAGUGAGUACUGUAAGGCGAACGGAUGCCACAAGCGGGCGUUCCGGUGUAGCAACGGAAACUGCAUCCGGAAGGCCAUGAUGUGUGACAAUAAGAACGACUGCGGGGACAACUCGGAUGAAAAGGCGUCGCAGUGUUUGAAGUGUCCACCGGAUACGUUCCGCUGCAGCAGCGAUUCCAAGUGUAUUGCGAACAACCAGCGAUGCGAUGGCAAACCAAACUGCUUGGACGAGUCCGAUGAGCUGGGCUGUCGGAGAUCGCAGUGCGGUUUUGGCACGUGCAGUCAAGUUUGUGUGGAGAAGAAGCAUCAGUACAAUUGCCGCUGUCAGCCAGGGUACCAGAAGGGACCACUGCGGAACGAUACCUGCAUUGCGCAGGAUGAGAAUGGGCUGCUUUUAGUAUCUUCCGAAUCCGACUUUAGAAGCUUGUACUACGGAACGACGGUAAUGGGCUUCCUUCAAACAAACUCCAAGAAGAUCGACCGCUUCGACUACUCAAUUACCAAGCACAACAUCACACUGUUCUGGAUAGACAGCCACGACAAGAGCAUCCAGAAGGUGCACAUGGACACCACGGUGAAGGUCGUCGAGAGUGGUGAAGAAGGCGGAGCGGCACGCUCGAGCCGAGCUGCCCCUUCGUACGAUCGCAUCAAAACCCUCGACGGAAAGCACUCUUCGGUGAUCCUCAAGAACCAGAACAUCGUCCCGCUUGCGAUUGCGUGUGACUGGAUCACCGAGCACAUCUACGUGAUCAACAAGAAGCAGAGCAACAUCUUCACGAUGACAUACAACGGGACGAACCACACGACGCUGACGGCCACCGGUAAGCAUCCGAUCGACAUCGUCGUUGACCCGGUCCACCGGGUGAUGGUGUGGUCUGUGAUGGAAGCGAUCAUCCUGUCCGGAAUGGACGGGUUCAAGAAACAAAAGCUCGUCCAAGCGAACAUCGAGUGGGCUUCGGGACUGGCGAUCGACCCAACAACGGAUCGUCUGUACUGGGCGGACUACCGCAAGAGUACGAUCGAGACGUGUAUGUUGCUUACCGGAGGUGAUCGUCACGUGAUCAGCGAAAUGCACGACUACAGCAAGCCCAAAAUUCUGGACGUGUUCGAGGACAGCGUGUACGUGAUACUGUACAACCAGAACAUUCUCCGGUUGAACAAGUUCGGACGGGACAAUGGGACGGAGGUGUUCCAGGGAACGCGUGGCUACCGAUCGUCCGAUCUGAACUACAUCCACCCGGUGAAGCAUAAUAGAAAAGCUACCAACCCGUGCUUGCUGCAUCCGUGCCACGAAUCGACGGUCUGUCUCCUCUCAACCGAGAACCCCCUUGGCCGUCGCUGUCUCUGUGCGGACGCCUCCAGUCAAGACCCGGAAAAAGACCCCUCCGGCGAAAUCACGCGCUGCCAGGAUGCCCCUCCGGUUCGCUGCAACCUGUCCUGCCACCACGGGAUGUGCGUCAUCGAGGGAGGUCGUCCACGGUGCCAGUGCAACCCCCUCUACAACGGCACGUACUGUGAGCAUUACAUCUGCUCGGGCUAUUGCCACAACCGGGGCGCGUGCUACAUCGUCAACAACGAACGCAAGUGCACCUGUCCGCCGCUGUGGACCGGCGAGCGCUGCGAACUGUCCACCGGGGCUUGUCAAAAGCACUGCCACAACGGAGGCAGCUGUUCGAUCGCCAACGAUGGCACCAUUUCGUGCGAGUGUCCCCGGGAGUACACCGGAGAGCAGUGUCAGCACUGUGCGAAUCUGAGCUGUGAAAACGGCGGGGUUUGUCGGAAGACAGCUACGGACAAGAGCCAGUGCGAGUGUCCGGAUGGGUUUAGUGGGCGAAGUUGUGAGGUAGACACGUGCAUCAACCAGUGCGAAAAUGGAGGGGAGUGCUCGAUCGUACGAGGAUCACCCAAGUGUAGCUGUCCGGAGGGAGUUACGGGCGAGAGGUGCGAGAAUCGAGGCUGUACGGAGUUGUGUCGAAAUGGAGGGGAUUGCGUGACGGGACCGAGCCCGUACUGUAAGUGUCGCCAGGGUUGGACGGGAUCGUUCUGCGAAGUCGACCUGUGCGACGGCAGUGAGAAUCAGCCGAGCUACUGCUCACCGGAGCACCCACCGCCGAGUCCGCUGCCCAAGUCGUGCGGCACGUACGUGUGCAGCAACGCCGGCCACUGUCUGGAGGUGCGCGGGGAACCGAUCUGCAACUGCACCCAGCAGUACGCGGGCCGACACUGCGAGCACUACAUCGGCUAUCACAACCCGUGCAACUACUACUGCAAGAACAACGGCAUCUGCCAGCUGGACAUCCGGACGAGCAGCAACAUCACGUACGAGACGUCGUGUGAGUGCGUCGGCGAGUGGCAGGGCGACCAGUGCGAGCGGCCUCCGCCGUGCAUCGAGGACUGUGGCACGUGCGAGGCCGGCAGUUCCAUCAACGAGUGCAUGUGUGAAGACGGCCGGCUGAGCAUCUGCCUGAAGGAGAUUGUUCUGGCGGAGCUGGACGGUCGCGAUCGAACCGGCUACACGCUGUCGAUACUAGCUAUCGUGCUGUUUGUGAUACUGAUUGCGGUGGCUGGGUUCGGAGGGGCUCUGUAUGGGCUCAAAAAACGAAGAAACGGACAACCUUUCUCCCAUGCGCGCCUUACCGAGAACGUCGAGAUCACAAAUCCGAUGUACCUGGGCGACGUGGAAGAGGUGCCGUCGUUUGUGCACGAGGAUGAUAAGGCCCACUUUGCCAACCCGGUGUACGACUCGAUGUACGCCGGCGGCGUGAACGUGCACGCCGACUCGUCCUCCUCGCUGCCGGGCCACAGCAGCCACCCGCUGCUGAGCGUGUCCGGUUCGGCGCCCGAGGAGAAGAAGGGCCUGCUGCAGCACACCCAGGACGAUUCGCUGGCGCAGGAUUUGUUAUGAUGUCGGCUGAAAAAAUAGUAGCAGUUGGGGCGUUUCUAGACGGGGACGGGAUUAAUUGUCCAUCCCCCCCUCUGGAAACGCAAUCCCAAUCUGCACUGUGUGCGGGGGGAGGGGCGUUGGCGGAACGUCGGAAAUGUGCGCCCCCUCCCACAAAAACCGUGUGUGAUCCCAGUUGAGAACAAAGUGCUAGAGAUUUGUUAGAUUUUAGGUUGUACAUUUUUUGAUUUCACGCUUUCAUGUGUGGGAGUGUGUGUGUGUUUCAUUCUUUAAUUCUUGGGACUAAUUGGAGGCAGGGUAAGGAAAGAAAACACACACACGCUCACACUCAACGAAUGCAUUAAAUGUGUAGAUACUCGUCAUAUUAGGUUAUUCUUUAUACUCUCAUCACUAUUAGGUUUUAAGUGGUUAAUUUUAUAUAAAUAAAAAAUGGUCAUUCCAACUCAAAUCAAAUAAAAUCCGAAUUUGUUGCCCCGAUCUGUUUUCAAA